UUUCAUGUUUCAUGUUUCCUCCUUACUUCUUAUUUCUUAAUGCACCUCACGAUCUCUCUUUUCUCUUUCUUGUUUCCCUCGCUCGUUUCGGAUCACCACAAGUAACCUUUUCUCCAUCACUUUUUUUCCAUCUCUCUCUUUCUCUUUCUAAUCAGUUAAUCAACAACAACCCACAACAACAACAACAACAACAACAACAAUACACAGCUAAGAAACCAAAAACAACUCUUCACUUCUCUCUUUUGACUUUCCUUCAUCCUACAUUUCUAUCUUCUUCAAUUUUCUUUCAGCCAUUGUUUUUGUUUUUCUACAAUUAUUUAACCCUUUUUUCUUAGAGUGUAGUUGAGAAAGAAAAAAGGGUUAAAUUCAGUACUCAAAUUUGAGUACUUUUUAUCAUCUGGGUUUUUCUCUUUGAUUAAUUGUGAGAAUUGGGUUAGUUUUUUUUUUGUGUGUGUGUGGUUAAAAGAUGGGGUUUGAUGAGCACAAGGAAGUUGGAGAGAAAAGUGGAGCAAAAAAAGAGAUGAUAAACACAGAUAAUGAAGAGUUAGAUAAACUUGGAAGACAAAUGAGUGAUAAUUCUCUUUAUACAACUGACCAUGAAGAAGAAGAUUAUGAGGGUAAAAUUGAAUUGGGUCCUCAAUUUACCAUUAAAGAGCAGUUAGAAAAAGACAAGGAUGAUGAGAGUUUGAGGAAGUGGAAGGAACAACUUCUUGGUAGUGUUGAUUUAACUGAAAUUGGAGAAGCUUUGGAACCGGAAGUGAAGAUCCUAAGCCUUUCAAUUCUCUCACCAGACAGACCCGACAUCUUUCUUCCGAUUCCAGAGGAUGGAAAACCAAAAUCACCAUGGUUUACUUUGAAGGAAGGUAGCCGUUACAAAUUGAGAUUUACAUUCCAGGUUAACCACAACAUCGUACUUGGGCUCAAGUAUGCUAACACUGUGUGGAAAACUGGCAUGAAAGUGGAUAGCACAAAAGAGAUGUUGGGAACUUUUAGUCCUCAACCAGAGUCAUACACACACGAAAUGCCAGAGGAGACUACCCCUUCUGGUUACUUUGCUCGUGGAUCAUACUCUGCAAGAACAAAGUUUCUUGACGAUGACAACAAAUGCUACUUGGAGAUCAAUUACACAUUCGACAUUCGUAAAGAUUGGCUUAGUACAUGAUUGGAGGAGUUAGGCGUGAUCAAGUCUCUAUGACCAAAUUAUAUCUAACUCCUGGCCCCCAAUUUAUUCUCUCAAGAUGAACAUAGGUUCUCAAAGUUGUUAUGGUCGCUCAAUUUGUUUCCAUUUCUUUUCCUUUUUCUCAAGCACAUUAUUUGGAAAAGAAAAAGAAAGAAAGAAACUCAGAUAUCUUCUUGUGUAAUAGAAGUAGCUAACUUUGCUCAGUUUGCUGUUUUUGCACUAUCUUGAUUCUUGGACACUCAAAAGCAUUAUCAGUCUAAUGGAAAAUGUGUUAGUUUCUUA